ACAGAUUCUUUCCUAGCAUAAAGAGCAUAACAGAACUCUCUCAGUCGAGUAACAUGCGGUUCAUGCAGUUCAGGGCUCACGACAAGUACGCCCUUCAUCUAAGCAAAAUGGAAAAGAGGGAAAAGGAGAGAGGCUCGCACAUAUCGUAUAUGUUUCGAUUGCCCUUCGCUGCUGGCAGUGUUUUUAGUGCCUCCAUGCUAGACACACUCCUGUACCAAGCAUUCGUCAAAGACUACAUGAUAACGUUCGUCAGAUUGCUCUUAGGCGUGGAUCAAGCGCCAGGCUCCGGCUUUUUAACAUCGGUAAGAAAUCUUCAGUCCAUUUACCAGGUCUAAAAAUAUU